AUGACUAGUCUAUUAUCAAAGUUAUCUAAUCUAUUUCUAUCAUAUAUCAUAACAGAUACUGAUGAUAAACUGCAGUGUCACAUCGAUGCCCAAACGAAUAGUCCAUUAUUACAGUUAUCUAAUCUAUUAUUAUCACAUAUCAUAUCAUAUAUUGAAGAUAAUGCAGAUAUAAUAUGUUUAUUGUUAACUUGUAAACGGUUGUACAGUCAAAAUAGAAGUAGUUUAAGAAGAUCUAUUCAAUUUAAAGGUGCACCUACCGAGUUGAUCAAUGGGUACUUGUCAAAUAGGUUGAAAACAACAAUCAAUCAAUUCAAUCUAUCAUCAUUUAAAGAUAUAUUAGAGAAUAGUAUAUCUGAUCAAUGUGUCAUAGUGUCUGAUAAAAUACAAGAUAGCUAUCCUCAAUGGAUACAACAAGACAGAGUCAUUGCACCGGGUAGUAUAGUAGACUCUGAUAAAACGAGUCACAUCACAACAGCUUUGGUGCAUUAUUAUAAAGAAGAAACAUUAAAGUCUAUCUACGAGAUACCAUCAAUCGAGACACUCAUCAUUCACUUUCAAUGUGAUGAUACAAUAAUUAAUCUUGCAUCCAUUUCGCGUUUACCAAAUCUCCAAAAGUUAUCAAUUCUUUCAUACAAUUUUAAUCUUGGUACUCAUACAUCACUCAAGUCUCUAACACUGGAUGUCAGCGAUACAUACCCGUUAAGUGACUUGGGAUUAGAUAAAUUCGUAUCACUGACAGAGCUGACGUUCAAGUGUCGUUUUGUUACUGGUUUUGGACCGGGUCUGUUGCCAAGCAGUCUGACAUCACUCAAGAUCUAUCCUAGAGGAGAACUACCUCCAAGAGAUACAUUCCUUUCAUUGACAUUGCUGGAGAAACUAGAGAUCGAUGUGGGAAGGAUUACAAUGACCGUGAAAAAGGAAGAAGAACGACCAUUAAUCAAUCUCGAAAGUCUACUCAACCUCAAGACACUAAAGUUUGAUGGAUACAUCGAUCCAACAUUGGGACAUGACACACUCGUCGUGAGUGUCCCUCCAUCAAUCAAGAUACUUAAUCUUCAAUCGUCGAGUGUAAGAAUCCCACAAAGAUGUGUAGUACCAUUGUUGGAGAGAUUGUAUGUUCACGAAUCAACAUUGAUCGAUGAACAGAACAGUCUAUUAUCGUCAUCACCAUUGAUUACAAAACUAUGUAUUCAUGGAUGCUCGGAACCCAUUCCAGCCAAUUUGAUACCACCAACGAUCAAAAAACUUACAAUCUUAAAGGUACACUCUGAUAAAGAUAUAAUGGGACGAGUUGCGUUCACCUCAUUAGUCAAUCUUGCACAUCUAACCAUUUAUGGAGACUAUGAGCCUGUCAAACCUAAUCUACCACAAUCACUCGUCAAACUAAAACAGACACACAACAAAGCUGCAGUCUCUCGUACCAAUAUUCAUUUGAAAAAAAUAGUUUGGAAAACUAGAAAUCCAAACUUGGUAUUACUUUCAUCGUCAUCCUAUCCACCCAAUCUUGAAACACUCGAUCUCCUUGGGAUCUAUGGAAACUAUAAGAUUACCUCUUUACCACCAACCUUAAAAUAUCUGUCUAUGCGUUUGGCUCUACCCCCUAAUCCAUCGGUAAAAGGUUAUCUAAUCUAUUCAAUUAGUUCUCGAUUCAGACCUAAAAAACAAUCUAAACAACAACAACAAUCUAAACAACAAUCUAAAAAACAAUCUAAAAAACAAUCUAAAAAACAAUCACAACAAUCGUUGUUGUUACCAUCCAGUACAACACAUCUAACUUGUGCAUUUUGGAAUGAAUCAAAGGUAGCAUUUAGAUUAGAUGAAAUAAUCAAUCAAACCAAUGUUAAAUAUUUAACUAUGACUACUUACAAGGGAUCAUUUCAAUUUACAAUUAAAAGAUUGGACACUGAUAAAAAGAAUGUCUUGGUAUUGGAAAAGGAUACACUUCAAGGUGGAAUAAUCACUCAAAGAAAAUCAAUCAACUCCCAACAACAACAAUAUGACCCAAUUUAUUUGUAUUUAGAGACAAACUCUUCCAACAAUCCAUAUUUAUCCAAUCUAUUACUAUUACAUAUCAUAAAAGAGAUUGACAGUAAUGUAGAUAUAAUAUGUUUAUUGUUUACUUGUAAAAAGUUAUAUCAUAAUAGUAGUAGUUUAAGAAGAUCGAUUCAGUUUAAAGAUAUAUUGGAGAAUAGUGUAUCUGAUCAAUGUGUCAUAGUGUCUGACACGUUCUUCCAUGUCGAAAAGUAUCCCAAAUGGAUACGAGACCUUAUCUCUUCAGCGAAAAGAGUUGACAAGAGUAACAUUACGACUGCUUUGGUACAUUAUUUCUAUCAACCAACAUCAACACCGACUACCAGUAUCUAUGACAUGGUAUCUCUAGAGACACUAUUCAUUCAACAUGAAAGAAACUCUCUAGAUCUUGACCUUAUCUCACAGUUACCCAAUCUUGAAAGACUUGCGGUUUCUGCAAUCGAGUUGAAUAAGCUCAGUCCUCACACAACACUAAAAUUAACAAAGUUUUCAUCUCAUAGAUAUUGUGUGACUGGGAUACGGUCGGGUUUAUUACCAAGCAGUCUGACAUCACUCUCUCUAAGACUACAAGAGAUACCACCAAUAGAUACAUUCAUUUCAUUGACAUUGUUGGUGAAAUUAAAGAUCGAUAUGGAAAAGAUUUCAAUGGUAGAGAGGAGUAUAUAUAAUAAGGAUGGUUAUAAACCAUUCAUCAAUCUUGAAAGUAUAACAACCCUAAAGACAUUCAAAUUUUGUGGGUAUGGUGACAGAAUGAAUUAUUACAAGUGUAUAGAGAUUAGUAUUCCUUCUUCAAUCAAGAUACUUUUGCUCUCAUCUGAUAUUAUACAAAUCUCAUCACAAUGUAUAAUGCCACAAUUGGAGAAAUUGUAUGUGGUACAAAAGACAUUAAUUGAUGGAAAAGUUAGUCUAGUGUCAUCAUCACAGUCUCUCAAGAAACUAGUUAUAUAUGAUUGUUUUUAUAAGAUCCCAGUCAAUAUCAUCAUUCCAUCGACUCUUGAAAGACUUACCAUAAGAAAAUUAAUAGAUUGUCAAGAUAUACUUGGACGAGUUGUAUUCCCACCAUCACUCACUCAUCUAACCGUCUUUGGAGACUAUGAACCUGUCAAACUACCAGAAUCACUCAUCAAACUAAAACAAGAAUUCAACAAACAUGCAAUGUCAUAUUCUCAUCCAAACUUGAAAAAAUUGGUUUGGAUGACAAGAAUAACUAGUCUUACUUUUAGAGGUCCAAAAAUAGUUUUACCUUGUCCCAUUAUACCAAAUAUUGAAACACUCGAUUUCGUUGAUAUCUUUUGGAGCCAUACGAUUGACUAUAUCCCACCAACCAUCAAACAUCUAUCUAUGCGAUUGGAAGUACCCCCUCAACCAUGGUUAAGAGGUUAUCCAAUCUUUUCAAUCACCUCUAGAAUCACCGUACCUCAACAACAACCAUCGCAACCAUGGUUACCAUCCAAUACAACUAAUCUAUCUUGCUUUUUGAGGGCAGAAAAUUUUAAAGUGGCAUUUAGAUUGGAUGAAAUAAUCAAUCAUACCAAUGUUAGAUAUUUAUCUAUCACUACUUUUGACCGUACAACCAAACAUUUUACAAUUCAAAGAUUGGACAGUGAUAAUAAGAAUGUAUUGGUAUUGGAAACACAGACACUUUUAGGUGGAAUAAUUACUCAACAAAGAAAAUCAAUCAACUGUCAACAACAACAACAACAAUAUGAUCCAAUUUAUUUGUAUUUUGAUACUUACAAUAACAAUCCAUUUGAAUUUAAUUGGAGAUAUGCUUGA